UUUCUUUGAGCGCAUUUGACGUAGUGACGUAUACGACGUCCCAACGAUCCAGUGGAGAUGUACGGAUUUGUAGUGUUGAGGUGUUGAGGAACAGAACUAUGGUACGCUCGUCGCCCUCUGCUAUAAGAGCUACAGCAGAGUUCGCACAAGGUUUUCACCUCCAUCUUCCAUUCCAUCAACUCUGUCCUACCUACCCUACCGGGGGGGGUUUCUAUUGUGCAAGCACGAAACAUUAUCACCGACUUCUCUAUCUACCUAGGCAGUUCCCAAUGACCACGUUCCCUAGCCAGCGACACCAGAAUUCCAGCCAACAUACCGAGCGAAGCACGAGAAACCGCAGGUCAAUAUAUUUGGCCUCACUUGAUGGAUCGAUCGCUGCGUUUAAUUACAAGCAUACCUUAAACUUGUCUCUGUUGUUUAAGACCUAG